CCGCACAACAUGCCCCACGCGCACUCACCACUGCCAUCCGGCAUAGCGGACGUUGCAGACAGUCGGGAGACUGUCGAACCAUCCAAGGAUCCAUCUGCUGUUCAAGAGCCCCUUCGCAGUCAAGACCCAUCAUCAUCCCCUGCGCUCGCCGAAGCACCCCCCGCAAUGAAGGUUCCAUAUUUGCACCCCGCUUCGGUUCAAGACCCAGAGAUGCCUCUUGCGAAUUUCGACGCUCAUAAUAUGAUGGGCUGGGAGUGUGACCGCUACGACGCCAUGGAUCCCGUCAAGCAAGAGGAUCCUGACUUCGCGCCAUACCACCCAAUGGGUGCAAUCCCGGAAGACCCAGCGUACCACCACAACCCUCAAUCGAAUGCUAUGAAUUACAACGAUAAUUACAACAUCGCAUAUUCCAGUCCUUUCCUUUAUAAUCGUUCUUACUCCUACAACACCAAGUAUGACUUGGCUGGUCUAUCUAACGAAACGUCGACUCUUUACCCGCCCAAUGUGUAUCACAUCGAGCCUGCAGCCAUGGACUUCUCAUAUUCUAGUAUGAACGGACAUAACUUCGCUGUUAGAGACGAGUUCGAUGGAUUCGGUACUGCAUACGUGCACGAUGAGCUCGCAGACUAUUCUAGCCCAUACCAUUCCGACGUGGCCGUGCGAUCAGGAACUCCCAACGGCGAUCAACCUCUGCAGCACCAUGAAUAUCGGACCAAUUACGAAGACAACUCCAACGACAAAGAACAGCCUUAUGCACAACUUAUAUACCGUGCUCUGUUAGAUGCACCGGGACAUACCAUGAUUCUUCGCGACAUCUACGAGUGGUUCAAGAAGAACACCGACAAGGCAGCCGAUAAGGAAACCAAGGGAUGGCAGAACAGUAUCCGUCACAAUCUGUCUAUGAAUGGGGCGUUCGAAAAAGUUGACCAUCCUUGCGAAGAGUCACGAAGGGGGUUCAUGUGGCGCCUCACCGACGACGCAAUCCGAGGCGGCGUCAAGUCAACCACGAGAUACCGAAGCAAGCAGCCCAACAAGCGAGGCCACCGCUCUCAGAACCCGCUCCCCCAACGACAAGCAUCAGGCUCAAAAGGCGGAACCGCAGCUCGUCACACUGCGAGAGUCCGAAAAUCUACUAGGGGAAACGACUUGUAUUCCUACCGCUCUACCCCACGCAACGACCAGCUGGAUGGAGUCCCAUCCACCUACGAAGCCGAGUCGCCCUACUACAACGGCUCUCCAACUCUGUCAGACAUCGACUUUGAUUACCCCAAAGAUGACACCGCCGCCGCCAGCGCCGUCAUGGACCCCAACCAACCACCCACAUCCAACUUCGAGCUCUUCUCGUCCGUGCCGACGCAAGCAUACAGCCCCUUGCCGCAACUCUUCACCCCGGUCAUGUCACACUACCAGGAGCCCAUGGGACACUUCUUCCACACCGCCGUCACCCAAGACCACCCGUCCGACCCCCUCUGGAACACCCCGUCCCCCGAUAGCGAUGAGCCGCGCACCCCGGAGUCGUACCCAGGAGCCAUAUGGGGUCCGGACGACAUGGGCAUGGAACCGACAUCUUGCCCAAUGGGGAUGGCUGUUGAAACCACGUAUAACGAGUUUCCUAACGGCCUUAUGUGAUCGCUGCCUGUGGUGUAUUGAUAUUCCUGUUGGUUAUACAUAUAAGAGGUGUCCGGUCGUGCUAGGCGAUGUUGGGCGUGCGUGCAUGCAUGUACGUAUGCAUAUGCGCCGUUCGCCUGCACGUCGUCUUUCUGGGAGAAUUGACUUGGCGGUUACGGGAAUACGUCGUGUCGAGACGAUAUUCUACUGGCUCUUUCUUCUAGGAUCGGAACGUUGUCUUUCCCUCUCGUCAGAAGACUUGCAUUUCAUGUGUCCCCUGAUUUUGAUUGUACUUUGGAUUUCCGGCUUCGUUGCAUAUCGAACCGAUUUUGAUCGUCAUCGCCCCACGUUCUUCUCCUGCGCCUCAGCAUCAAACGAACAUGAUAAGGACCGCACAUGUAGGCACUUUCUACAGAACCUGGCAAUAUCGCCUUUUUGUGUUUUCUUCUCCCGAUUGUCUCUUUACUCAUGUUAUGUCUUUUAUAGAUCACGAUUCCCUAUUUGCUUCACUGCACUUUUGCUUUCUCAUGGCCCUUUGUUUGCAUCUACACAUCAUCACUCAUCACUCAUACAGCUCUUUUGCUUCUACUGUUUCGAAUACUGUCAUUCCUCCGCAUCUACUUGAAUCUUUUAUUCCUACUCCCGAAAUCUUCAUACUUCCCCCUCUCCCCCUUUUUUUUCCCACCACAACACCCCUUGAAUCGAAAGACAAUCGCAGGAAAAUCUACACUCUAUACAUACAUCUAUCCAUAUGUCCUACAUGACAGCUUGCUACAUGACUAAGUAAGGAAAGCAAGUACCGUCACACAAAACAACCCACCCCGCGGAUAAGGCGUGCAUAAUAACGUAUGACAUGUCCUAGCGCGCAUGUCGCGCAUAAUGUAGCCCUAUAUGAUGCCCUGGCACCGCCGCGUGCGCGGUAUGCGAGCGGGAAUGGCGUGCAGGGUCUGGGGUCCUGCAUAUUUUUCUUUUUCGCUUUCUCUUCGCUUUCUCUGCGUUCUGUGGGUCAGUGGCAUUGGCAAAUGGCUAGCUAUCGCGUGAAAGACCUAUCUCGAGUAUUCUUGGCUUUAUUUCCUUGUUUUCUUUUUCUCCCGACGGUAAAGGACGAAGUUCGGCCCGGGUGGGAGAGCUGAAAGUAAUGUCAUCGGAGGAGAUUGAGCCGAACCCACCGAAAAAGUGAGGAAUCCUUUUUUUCUGUCUUCUCGUUAUCGUCGUAUUGGCUCCGUAUAGCGAAGCGAAUGAGGGGUUUUCUGU